UCCUUAACAGGAAGUGACGAAAGUAGCCACGAGCGUGACGAACGGCUCUUUCGAAAAUACAACAAGGAAGUUACGGUUUAUUGUGAAGGAAAAUAAUCGCUGGAGAAAAAAAAUCUCCUAAAACCGGGGGUCCCUUCGCUCGGUUGCUGGGUGUCCGGGGGGGACGAGGUCACCGUGGACUUUCCCGAGAGCCCGUUUCCGAUCGUCUCGAGGAAUUCUGCUUGUAGCCAGCUAGCUAGCUAGCGAUGAACACGGACGUGGAAUUUCACAUCAGGCAGAAUUACCCGUGGAACAAGCUCCCAGCUAACGUCAAACAGAGUUUGGGGAACUCUCAGCGCGAGUAUGAGAAGCAAGUGCUCCUGUACAGCAUCCGCAACCAGCUGCGAUUCCGCAAUAACCUAGUGCGCCAUGUGAGGAAGGAUGAGCGCAAAUAUUAUGAGGAGCUUCUGAAGUACAGCCGGGACCACCUGAUGCUGUACCCCUACCACCUGUCUGACAUCAUGGUCAAAGGGCUACGAGUCACUCCGUUCUCGUAUUACAUAGGAAUCAUGGAGGAUAUUAUGAACAGUGAGAAGAGUUACGACUCCUUGCCCAACUUCACUGCAGCUGACUGUCUAAGGCUACUUGGCAUUGGGAGAAACCAGUACAUCGACCUGAUGAACCAGUGCAGGUCCUCCAAAAAAUUCUUCCGCAGGAAAACAGCACGGGACCUACUGCCGGCCAAACCAGUCGAGAUCUCCGUGGAGCCGUGGUGGGUGGCACAGACAGGCUACAUCACCGAGGACGACAUAAGGAUCUGUUCUCCCUCUGAGAAGAAAGCCAUUGAUAAGAUGAUAGAUUCUGGUCCUCAGCUGGCCGGAUCCAUGGAGUACAACGUGGUCUUAAGUUUGUACAACCGGGGAUUCAUCUACUUAGAUGUUCCCAUAUCUGAUGACAGCUGCAUCUCAGUGCCCCCACUGGAAGGGUUUGUCAUGAACCGGGUCCAGGGUGAUUACUUUGAAACGCUUCUGUACAAAAUCUUUGUGUCCAUCGAUGAGCAAACAAACGUAGCAGAGCUGGCAAAUGUGUUGGAGAUCGACUUGGACUUAGUGAAGAACGCAGUGUCCAUGUACUGUCGCCUCGGCUUCGCCGUGAAGAAAGGUCAGGUGUUCAGCUCAGACCAGCUCCACCCCACCUGGAAGAAUGCCCCAUCUGUUAACAGGCUCAAGAGCACUAUGGACCCCCAGAAGAUGCUGCUGUCCUGGGAGCAGGGCAGUCCUGUAAUGGAGGGAGGCUCCUCAGCCACAGAUACAGACACCACUAGCCUGGAAGACCAAGCAGACACAGCUAGCGUUAGCAGCCUGAGCAUCCCAGCUGCACCCACCAAGAGGAUCGCCUUCCUUUUUGACUCGACCCUUACAGCCUUCCUGAUGAUGGGCAACUUAUCGCCGAACCUCAAGAGUCACGCUGUGACCAUGUUUGAAGUGGGAAAACUGUCGGAUGAGACUCUCGACAGCUUCCUGGCUGAGCUGGAGAAGGUGGAGAGCACAGCAGAGGGCGAGGCUCAGCGUUACUUCGACCACGCUCUGACCCUGAAAAACACCAUUCUCUUCUUGCGCUACAACAAAGAACUCACUCAGGACCAGGGACCUGAUAUUCCAAACAUAGGUUUCCCCUUGGACAUGUUGCGCUGUGAGAGCCUGCUGGGUCUAGACCAGGCCACCUGCAGCCGCGUCCUCAACAAGAACUACAAGCUGCUGGUCUCGAUGGCACCGCUCAGCAACGAGAUCAGACCCAUCAGCAGCUGCACCCCUCAGCACAUUGGCCCAGCCAUCCCUGAGGUGAGCUCCAUCUGGUUCAAGCUGUACCUGUAUCAUGUGACUGGCCAAGGCCCGCCGUCUUUGCUGCUCUCCAAAGGCUCCAGGCUCCGUAAACUGCCGGACAUUUUCCAGGUCUAUGACAGGUUAUUGAUAACUUCCUGGGGUCACGACCCCGGAGUGGUCCCUACGUCCAAUGUGCUGACAAUGCUUAACGAUGCCCUCACACACUCUGCUGUUCUCAUCCAGGGUCAUGGUAUGCAUGGGCAUGGAGAAACGGUGCACAUCCCAUUCCCUUUUGAUGAGGAGGAUCUGAAGGGAGAGUUCUCCUACUCCAACAUGUGUGUGCACAAGGCACUGCAGAAGCUGAAGGAGCAUGUGGAUCUGGAGCACCAGUGUGGCUACAUCACCAUGCUCAACUCCAACAACAGGCACCGCCGCAGGCCCAGCGACAGCACUGAGUGCAGAGGAGACACCCAUCUAGGUGGAGGCUUGGACACUAAUGGCAGCACUGAGUCCUUUGAGCUUGUGACAGAGGAGAACAACGGUGAAGGCAAAGGAAAGACGGACACCCUUUCAUCUGAAGACGAGUGGGUCCCUCUUGAACUGUGCUUUGGCAUGCCCCUCUUCAGCUCUGAGCUCAACCGCAAAGUGUGUCGAAAGAUUGCUUCACACAAGCUCUGCAGCAACGAGAGCCUUCAAGAGCUACUCCACUCGAGCCGAAAACUGUCACUCAAGGUGUUGAGCUUCGUUCAGUCAUUCCAGGAUGGCAGCCAGCCCUCUGACCUGGACAGCGGCGUGUCCAACCCUCUCAGCCAGCCCCCGCCAGAGUCCGGUGUCCCCUGCCCGCCCUCAACCUCUUCUUCAAGGACGGGCAGCUGAAGGAAUGGAGCGGGCGCGCCCCUCCUCCUCUAGACAUCUCAGCCCUGCAGAAAGACCAACUGACAUAAAGCAUCAGCAAAACUUCCAGAUUUAGGAACGAGGAAACAACGUCCCAACGACGGGGGCUAAUGUCUUUUCGCAGCGUCACGUCUCACUGAGGAAAUUCCUGUUCGUGGUUCUAGCCCUGCAUCUUUAAAUCCAGUCACAAGGAAACUCCCUCAUUCGUAAGCCCCGCCUUCUUGUCCAUCAGUAUCCAGUCAUGGGAUAAUUGGCCCCGUCAGCACUUUGUCAUUCACCUACUGUAUGAGGAAUCAUCGACACUAGUACCAACCCUCUUUGCUGUCCUCCCUCCCUCCCCUCUGUGAUUCCUCGUAUUCGUAGCAAGGCAGUGUUAUCUGUUGGAGUGGUGCUAUUAUCACACUAUAUCACAGCGAUGCAGGUAAACAUCAUUUAACCUGGAAGACCAUCUAACUGGAAACAAAUGCGCUGUUUUCCCACUGACUCCACCCCACCCCCACCCCUUCAGUCGAUGGAUGUUUUGUGACCCUUGAGAGCAGAGUGUAAAAUGGUUAAUAUUGCAUAGAUGUUCUAAAAAAAAAAAAAAAAAAAAAAAAGACCUAUAAAAUAAACAUUGAAGUGUUGAACAGACUUCUUCAGGAAUCAUUUGACAAUAUGCAUAUUCUAGGACCAAUUCUUUGGACUUUAACCAGGUUGAUAAGACCCCGCUGCCUCCCUGUAUUGUCUCAUGUUAAGUGAUCUAA